AAAUUUCCAAAUUAAAAGUAAUUAGGAAAAAGGAAAGAAGAAAGGGGGCAUAGAAGGGAACCAGUUCCUCCUUCCUCAUCCAUACUUCUCUCUCUUGAGCCAUGACCGAACUCUCGAAAUCCUAACCCUAACCCUAGACUCGCCAAUGCCCGUCGUCGCCGCGGCGGAGAGAGGAUGAGGAACGCCGAUAGAUCCGCUCCGCCGCCGUUCUUCUUCACGAUGAGGAUUUCCCUCCGGCGCCCGAGGAACCUCUUCCUUGCCCUCCUAUGCCUCUCUUGCGUCCUCUUCCUCGUCCCCCCCGUCCUCCUCUCCAACUUUCCCACCGAUCUCUCGGCCGCUCGCUAUGCAGCACGGAAGGAGUUCAUCGGUGAUUUCUCUGGCAUCGUGAAGAACUUCUCCCUCGGGCACCCUUCAGAUGCUCUGACUCUCAAGCAGGAAACUGAUGGAGGAGUAAAAGAACCCACCGGAAUUGUUUAUAAGGAGAGGGAUUAUCGUGACCCAGUGAACAGUCGGAAUACUACUAUUCAUAACACGAAUUUGGAUGAAGCAAAUGGCUUACAGUUUGGCAACGGCGGAGGUGGUGAACGUAAGCAGGAGAAUGCCAACGAUUCUACUGGUGGAAAGAAGCCAGGGCCAUCUAACUGCACAACAGCUGGAGAACACAAUGAGGGUGCCUGCCCUCAACCAGUGACAAGCAAUAAGAUAUGGCAGAUGGAAGAUCAGCUAAUCAUGGCCAAGGCUUUCCUCCAGUUUGCUCCACCAAGUAGCAACUCCCAUCUGGUACGAGAGCUCAAGCAAAGGAUAAAAGAGAUAGAAAGGGUACUUAGUCAAGCCAAGAAAGAUUCAGACUUGUCUAGGAGCUCUUUGCAGAAAAUUAAAGCCAUGGAAGUAACUUUGUCCAAAGCUGAGAAGUCUUACCCAGAUUGCUCUGCCGUGGCAUCAAAGCUACGCGCCAUGACAUAUAAUACUGAAGAGCAGCUAAGAGCACAGCAGAAACAAGCUUCAUAUUUUAUACAGCUUGCUGGCAGGACCCUCCCCAAAGGGCUUCAUUGCCUAUCAAUGCGGCUUACUACAGAAUACUUCACAAUGCAGCCUGAGGAACGUGAAUUGCUCAACAGACAUGAUGUGCAGAAACCAAAUCUCUAUCAUUAUGCUAUUUUCUCAGACAAUAUUCUAGCAUGUACAGUAGUUGUGAACUCUACCGUCUCCAAGUCUAAGGAACCAGAGAAAAUUGUCUUUCAUGUGGUGACUGAUUCUCUCAAUUUUCCAGCAAUGGUGAUGUGGUUUUCGCUGAACCCUCCUGGUCAAGCCACAAUUCAGAUACAAAACUUGGAUGAUUUUAAAUGGUUACCUGCUAGCUUCAGUUCAAUGUUUAAGCAACCUGGUGUAGAUGACCUAAGAUACACUUCGGCACUCAACCACCUACGUUUCUAUCUGCCAGAGAUCUUCCCUUCCCUAGAUAAGGUUUUACUUUUGGACCAUGAUGUGGUGGUCCAGAGAGAUCUUAGGGGGUUGUGGAGCAUAAAUAUGAAGGGUAAAAUAAAUGGAGCUGUUGAGACAUGUAGGGAAGGAGAGGCAUUUAAUCGGUUGGAAAUGCUUGUUAACUUCUCAGAUCCAGUCAUAGCAAGUAGUUUUGAUGCCAAGGCAUGUCUAUGGGCAUUUGGAAUGAAUAUGUUUGAUCUAAAAGAGUGGCGAAGACGAGGUUUAAGCAGGAUUUAUCAUAAUUGGCUUCAAGUGGUAAGGAUUUCUUCCAGCUCGAACUUGUUCAUUUGCAGUCUGAUUUUGGAAAGAGGCAGCAGUUAUGGAAGGCAGGAAGCCUGCCACUGGGUCAGCUGAUCUUCUACAACCAAACAGUGCCUCUGGACCGGUGGUGGCAUGUGCUUGGGUUUGGUCAUGACUCUAGCAUAUCAAGGAGGGAAGUCGACAAGGCAGCGGUCAUUCAUUAUGAUGGAAACAUGAAGCCGUGGCUUGAGAUUGCUAUUGAUAAGUACAGAGGUUACUGGAACAAGUUUCUCGACUACAAUAACCCUUACUUCCAACAAUGCAACAUUCAUACAUAGUACCGCAUUGAUAACAAACUCCCUUCCAUUAAUUACGGAAUCCCCUUUUCUUUCAAGUCCCCUUUGUAAAUUUUCUUCAUCAUUUUUUCUUCCUCACCAUAGCCAUUAUUUUCAUAGCUUAGCCAAUUUUUUAAAUAAACCUCAAUGGAAUAAGCGUCUUCUAGAGAGGUUUGCCUUUUCUUUUCUUUUGACCAACUUCUCGUGUCAGAACCAGAAUCACUUUGUACAUUUAUGCUGUCAUACCUCAGCUUUUUUCUGUUCUCCUCUUUGGUGGAUAAUGGGAUGAUAUCUGAAUUUUAAAUCUUCACCGGGAAACAUCUUGAGUAUUUCUACGCAAUAAAUUGGAUAUUGUUACGGCUGCA